AUGCCGGCAAUUGCGUUCGGAACGGGUUCCAAGUGGAAGGGACAGGACGUAACCGACUACGUUAUCCAGGCCAUAGAGACCGGCUUCUCCCACAUCGACUCCGCGCAAUGGUACGGGACCGAGGACAGCGUAGGCCGUGCCAUUCGCGAGAGCGCGUUGAACCGGAGCGACCUGUACAUCACGACCAAGUGGUCUGGUCGCACCGACAUACCUGAGGCGAUCAACAACAGUCUCGUGCAAAUUGGUGUGAAGCAAGUUGAUCUCUACCUCAUCCACAACCCGAGCUUCGUGACGGACCUAGAACAUGACUGGAAGGAGUUCGAGAAGAUCAAGGAGACCGGUCUGGCAAAGAGCAUAGGCGUCAGCAACUUCAACCUUGAGACUCUUCAGAAGCUCGUGAAGAUCGCAAAAGUCAAGCCUGCGGUCAACCAGAUCCUCUUCCACCCGUACAACUAUGCCGAGAACAAGGAGCUGCUUGAGUACAGCGCGAAACACGGUAUCAUCACCGAAGCUUACAGCAGUCUCUUCCCCAUCACGAGGUACCCUGGCGGUCCAGUAGACGCUCCUGUCGCAGCAGCCGCAAAGCGUCUUAACGCCACGCCCACUCAAGUUCUUCUGUUGUGGGUCAGGAGCAAAGGUGUCUCAAUUGUCACGACUAGCUCGAGCAAGGAGCAUCUGCAGGAGUAUCUCGCCGUCGCUGAUCUUCCCGCACUCACGGACGAGGAGAUCGCUGCGAUUGACGAGGCCGGUGCGAAGGGUCCCCCCAGCGAGACCCUCACCCAUCUCCGCAGGAAGAAGUACAUCAAUCUCGCAUGUUCACUUUUUGCCAUCGGUCUCUUUUUAUGGGUUCAGUACCGGGGUUAG